UUUUGAUUAAACUAUACAGUGUUAAUUGAAACAACGUAGUAUUGACAUAAUUGCAAAUUAAAAUAUAAAAGGCCCUAUUUGUCUAACACCACUUCUUGAGCCGCCGUCGUCCUCCUUCACCAAUUUCUGUCACGAUUCCAGCCGUCAUCCUCCUCCAGCCGGCUGCCGCUCUCUUCCUCCAGACGUCAUUUUUUUGGCGAGUUAUUUACCCAGAUUUGAUGGAUUCUGAUUGGGAUCCUUUUGAUGAUGUACUUCCGGAACCAGCUUUGGCCCAUGCUCGGGCUGGUGGGAAGUUUCAACCGAGGGCCAAACCACGACCAAAGAAGGUAGCAUCUGCAUCUAUUUCUUCUAUUCUUCCAACCAAUGCCAAGGAAAAGUAUGUGCCAUCCUUACCAACUGCUUUGGACCGAAAACAGUCUGCUCAGUCCGUUGAUAAUGUGGAUGAUAUAUUGACAAUUCCAGCUAGUAGUUCUCCAGCUUCAUCAACAUUACCUGGAAGGGAAGAACAUCUGGAGAAAACUGAUGAAAACCUGAAAUGUGAACCGCUAAAAGAUUUAACAGAACUUGUCAGAAGAUCAAAGGAUCUGCCUUCCGCAGAUGCCCUCCCUUUAAAGGUUGUAGUGUCUGAUAGAAAAACUGGAGAUUCUUGUCUGUCAAUAAAAAAGACAGAUUCUUCACAGCUUGACCUGGACGCAUUUGCUGGCAGUAUUUGUGAUGCUGCAGAAAAUAAAGCCUUGGUUGACUCUCAUACAACAACAUCUGUACAGUCCGUUGAUGUCCUUGAUAAGACUAUGGGCCCAGUUGGCCCAUCCUUUCCUGAACAGAUAAUUGAGAGUAACGAGCCAUUGGGAGACAGUGAAGUUCUAUUUUCUGAUGACAGCAACUUGAAAUUAAUUAACCUUUCACCCAAUGAACUUGAAUCCAAAGAGGAUAUGAUCUCCAAAGAUGACCAUGCAGAGGUGAAUGAGAUGGAGCUUGAUUUGGACCCAUUUGCUGAUAUUCUUCCCCCACCUUCCAUUAGCAGUGUGAGAAAUGGUGGCAAAUUUCAACCUCGAGCAAAGGCCCGACCUAGAAAGGGAACUUCUGAAACAGUUGCUAUUGCUGCUUCUACUAGUACAAUGGAAGAGCAAGCUAGUCUAGUCUCCCAUGUGUCGGAUAACCUGCAGCCUGCUAAAUUUGUUGAUGCUGGAGAUGGCAGACUGAGAGAUCCUGUUCCGUCAUCCUUAUAUUCCUUGGAGAUCUUGGUAAGCAAAGAGUCAUUGAGAAAUGAUGACUACAAGAAUUUUGGAGUUCUAUUGUCCAGUGAUGUCAUGAGUUCCGGAUUAGUGAAUUCUUCACAAUUACUUUCUACCGAUGCGGUGCAUUUAGGUGGUGCUACGAGAGACCUGCAUUUUGGAUUGGCAAAAUCAAUGGGAGAGAAUACAGACAUAUUUUCAGGGUUGGAAUAUAUCCAUGAUCUUGUUACCCAAUCUCCAAGUAGCACAGAAAUUCCAGUUCAUUCUUCAAAUGAGGAGACGGAAGGAUCUAGAUUUCCAGCUCAAAAUUCUGUUAAUUCUUCAGCACUCGGGGCAUGUAGUGUGGAUCUCCCAGAUCCAGUAAGCUGUAAUGAAGCAGCCAUUUGGACUGAUAACAGAAGACCAGAGGUGGAGGAAGCAGGGGUUUUUUCUAAUUUGGGAAGGCCUGAUAAUUUAUCUGAGUCCAUUUCUGAAUAUAAUACUAGAAAUUUCCAGCCAAGACAAAAGGUGCAAACUGGAAAGGAGAAAUCUACUGUAAGCACUCUUCCACAAGAUGCAGUUGAUUCUGUCGCAUCUUCUUCGAAUGCUGAGUUUGAACCUUCUGAAACUAUGUACAUGGAUGUGGGCUCAAUUCCUACCUUCCCGUCUGAUGAUGUUCUUGACUAUUCAUCCAUGAGCUUUAGCAAUUGUAUUUCACCAGAUGCUACUACUUCUGGGUUUCUAUUGAAUGAGGAACAGAUAAACCUUGCUGAAGCUUCUCGCUCCAGUGACCCAAAUGUUUUGUGCCAAGAAGAUCUACCUGUAGAGGCUGUGAAGGAGAAUUCUAAGAGUAGAAGAAGGAAAUCAUCUUCAUUAUUGAUUUCUUCUCAGAAGUUUGGUGAAGCCUCAUUAGCUGGUGAGAUGGGGGGAAGUGGUAAAUCAUCAAGGCAGCUGAGAAAAAGGACUGCUGCUCCACAACUUGUUGAUGAGCCAGAGGAUGAAGCUUGUGACAAUGACGGCUUUCCUUCUAAAGCUUCUAGUAAUUCUAUUGCGGAUGAAGAAGAUGGUGAUUAUGAUUAUAGAGUGGAUGAAGAUAAUGAUAAUGAAGAUGCAUUGGAAAAUAAAUCUCGCAAGAAAAGAGCUUCAGAAAAGCUGAAGAAACCUGCAGCUGAUGAGGGAAAAACAGUUAGACGACGGAAGAGAGACACUGAUGCAUCAGAGCAAUUAACUCAACAACCACGCAAGAAGUUUUCUCAUUCCACCCGCAGGAAAAACAGAUUGAAGGAUUUGCUUAGCAUGCCAGAGGAUGAAAUUGAUUUUCAGAGGCUUCCUGUCAGAGAUAUUAUUUUGCUUGCAGGGUACAGGGAGAGCUUAGCUAGUAAAGAGGCAAAAGAAUCAAAGAAUGCUUCAACCAACCAAAGUACUGCAAACUCUUUCCACGGGGAAGAUUCUCAUAAUGAAGAGGACACUGUUACUUCAGAGCAAUCUGGAGGACACAUUAAUGAUCAAUCAAAUAUCUUAUUCAAUUACCACUCCUUCAUGGACAAAACACCGACUGCAAGAUGGUCGAAACAAGAGACAGAAUUAUUCUAUGAGGGAAUUCAGCAGUUUGGGACCGACCUAUCAAUGAUACAGCAGCUUUUUCCUGGACGAACACGUCAUCAAAUCAAGUUGAAAUAUAAGAAGGAAGAACGUCAACAUCCAUUAAGGCUUUCUGAUGCUCUGCGCAAUCGUGCUAAAGAUCAUUCUCAUUUUGAAAAAGUGAUUGAGCAGCUGCAACAAGUUGCUACUCAGGCAGAACAAGAGUGUAACAGGGAUGCUUCAGUAGAUGUUACAGACGAGGAGGCAGAGUUGAAUCCUGAAACUAAUGAAACAACAAAAUCUGAGCGGUAUGAGGAUGUAACCGUGGAAGAUCGGGAAGGAGAUGUAAAUGAAGAAGUUCAUAGUCCUUCAAAAUAUGAUGAAGAUGAUGAUGACCUGGAUAUAUGGAGUUCAUAUAAAAGUGUAUUUUAGAUAUCAGAAUUAAGAGGGGUAUUGGUAUUUACAUUGCUCUUCUGUAAACAUCCAUAUUUUUGGCUUGAAAGAAUUUUUUUGGGUUA